AUGAGGAAUCUUUAUCGUGUAUCGCAUAAAAGUUACGACCUAUCGGAAAAUGAGCCACUUGCUGUCCAGGCCGGUUUUACCGUCGAUCAGAAUACGGAACAAAAGUUUUACUUCGUCCGGGACAGUGGUGUGUACUGUUGUCCGCUGCAUUUGGACACGGAACGUCCCUUCUGCGAACCAUUACUUUCCCAAAUUGAUGGACACGACGUCAUUAUAGCGAUUGAACAUCUCGCCCUGACGGAUGAGCUUUGCUGUGCAUCAUCCCGCGGGAAUGUCUGGUCGUACAAGUUGUCGAGUGGACAGGUGGAGGAAGUGACCCACUGCAAGCAUGGCAUUAAAGCGAUGCAAUGGAGUCCGGAUCAAGAGUUGGUGGUGUUUGUAGACGGUGAGCUAAACGUGGUCACCAUGAUCGGUAGUGAGUACGAACCGAUCAAUGAAGUACAGCUAAAGGAUGAUACGUUCGGCGAUCGACAGUUUAUGAGUGUGGGUUGGGGUAAGAAGGAAACUCAAUUCCAUGGUUCGGAAGGAAAAGCUGCUGCUACUGCUAAUAAAUCCAUACCCAAAAACGAUGCGACCACUGGCCAGGAGAACGAGCAGCUGGAUGAUUCGGUGAAUAUAAGCUGGCGAGCGGAUGGAGAAUACUUUGCCGUCAGCUAUUUAGCACCGUUCGGUCAGCGAGCAUUCAAGGUGUUCAAUAAGGAAGGUGCCUUACAGUUCACGUCGGAGAAGUGCUACGGAUUGCAGGGCUCGCUAGCCUGGCGUCCUUCAGGCCAAUGGAUUGCGAUCCCGCAAGAUCUGAGGACGGGGUACGUUAUAGCACUGUUCGAAAAGAAUGGUUUGCGCCAUCGGGAAAUACCACUCACAUUAGAUCCUCGAGCCGGAGAGAAAGUGCGUUCCCUUCACUGGAGUCCAGAUUCGGACGUGUUAGCUGUGCACUGGGAAGAUAAGGAAAAAGGAACCAGCAACGUGUUCCUGUACGUGAUCGGGAACUAUCACUGGUAUCUGAAGCAAGACUUGUCAUACACGGCAGGUGCUUUUAUUUCCAGCAUUCAGUGGGACCCGCGACAUUCUGCCGGCAAAACAUUGCACGUGUUAUCAUCGGGUCGGUACGAGAGUAUUCGGUUCGAAUUUCGCGUUGACCGUUCCGUGGGCCUUUCGGAAGAUGAUCAAGCGAUGGUGGCGGUUAUCGAUGGAAAACGAUUGCUGCUUACUUCGUUCCGAAAUGCCAUCAUACCGCCACCGAUGUGUGGCUACACACUGGAACAAGAGCAUUCUAUUAAUGCGGUCGGAUUUAUUCGUACAUCGGGACGGUCGGACGCGAUAGGACAGGACGUAAGUCCAAAUGCAUUCUUUACCAUCGAUGCAGUAGGCGAAAUCACUUUGUACGACACGAUUCACACGAAGGAUACGGGAAGGUUCGUUUUGUCCGGAGUUACCGUUUUGCUGAAGAUCGCCGCCACUAAACUGAAGGUGUCCGAUGAAGGCAAAUCUAGAACACUACAUAAUCUGUGGUUAAACCCGAAUUAUCUGGUCAUGGAUCACAGUGAAAUGCGCUGCUGUGUUUAUAGUAUGAUGCCGGCUACAGAUGAGCCAAACUUAAGGCAAAUAUGGCCGAAAGAGAUAGAAAACGAUGACGCAAUCGGUUGCAUAGAAGCAUGCGGGAAGGACAAUAUACUCGUAGAGCUGCUAUCCGGUCGUGUGCUACAAUUGGACGUAUUAACUAAAACACAAGAUACACAAAACCGGUUCCAUAGCGUUCUGCCAGUAUUUUGCGAACAGCUGUAUGUUGACCGCUACAAUCCAGAGCGAACAGUUUAUGCACUGGCACAAAACAGACGGCAUCUGUACCGCGAUGGUACCUUGCUGGCUUCCGAUAUAACCUCAGCUCUGCUUACGGAAAACUAUCUGCUUUGCACGACUAUUGCCGAGCUAAAAUUCAUCGCUCAUGGUAGUGCCGUCGUUGCAGCGAAUGAUCGCGAUCCGAUCAUCGGUGAGCGACGAGUUGAGCGUGGCUCCAAGCUGGUAACCGUUGUGCCAAAAGCUUCACGAACCGUGUUUCAACUGCCUCGCGGUAACUUGGAAGUGAUCAAUCCUCGAGUACUGUCCCUAUGCCUGAUCGCGAAACAUCUCGAUGCGCUCGAGUACUACGAAGCGUUCGAUAUUAUGCGCAAAGAGCGGAUCGAUUUGAAUCUGCUCGUUGAUCACGAUCCUUCACGCUUUUUGGAACAUCUCACGAGCCACUUUUUGUUGCAGAUAACAAAUGUUAACUGGUUGAAUCUGUUCAUAUCGGAUCUAGCCAAUCAGGACGCAUGUCAAAAGUACGAAAGUAACUAUCGCGAGAGGAAUGGUUUGGGAUCGACCCUGCCGGUCGAUUAUUCAACGCAAGAAAAGGUGCGUUUUUGCUGUGAACGUCUGCUAGCGGCCAUGAAUGCGGAUCCGACAGUGUUAACGCUGCCGAAAAUUACCUGCCACGUGAAACAAGGACAGCUGGAAAAAGCGCUUGCACUGAUCUGGACACUGAAGCAACACCAACCCACGUCCGAACCGGCCGAAGAAGCGUUACGCUAUCUGCUUUACUUGGUCGAGGUAAACGUGCUGUACGAUGAGGCGCUUGGAAUGUACGAUUUUGGGCUCGUCCUGUUCGUGGCCACCAAGUCACAGAAGGAUCCGAAAGAGUAUCUUCCCUUCCUGAACGAACUGAAGCGUAUGGAUGAGUAUUAUCGCAAGUAUCGCAUCGAUUGCCACCUGAAGCGUUACGAUCGUGCGUUGGAACAUAUUGCUCGCUACGAGUCGGAAGAGGAACGGUUCCAGGAGGCGUUGGAAUUGACGGCUACCCAUCAGCUAUAUUCGGUCGCACUACGAUGUUACAAAAAUAGUACCAACAAGGAAUAUUAUCGUCGAGUGUGUGCUCUUUACGGCGAUUUCCUCCGCAAAGGAAGUAAACACGCGGACGCUAGUUUAAUGUACGAACGGGCCGGUGAUCUACAGCAGGCGAUCUCUUCCGCGCGCCAUGCCCUGGAUUGGUGUCGUGUGGUACGUCUUUCCACUGCCGGUUCCAUGCCGGCGGAAGCGGUUUUGCGAUCGCUCGUCCCGGCAUUAUUGGAAGCUGGAGAGUACGAUGCGGCAGCUACGAUCGCUUACGAUCAUUUAAAGGAUACACGACUAGCGAUCGAUUGCCUGGUGAAGGAUCAUCGGUACGAAAGAGCACUCUUGUUGGCAAACGAACCCGACCUGCAGGCGAAAGUUCGGAGUUGUUUGGGCGAAUAUUUGGCCACACUGGAUGAGACACUUUGCGCUGAAAAUGAACAGUUCUUGCGCCAGAAAGAGCGAUUGGUGACGGUGCGGGAAGAACGUUCCCGGAAGCUAACAUCUGCCGCAGCUGGUGAGGAUCAUGGCGAUGCUGAUGUGGACUGCGGUGACUGCGAUCUGUACUCGGAUAGCUCCACUAUUGCUUCUUCACGUCAUACCGGAACUUCUGGUCGUUCGGGUAAAUCCCACCGUUCGAGUAAAAACCGACGCAAACAUGAACGGAAACUGCUCAACCUAAAGGAAGGCAACCCGUUUGAGGAUAUCGCUUUGAUCGACGCGUUGCACACGCUGGUCGUUCGUGUUUGCGGUGUCGAACGGCAACGACACGUUCGGUCCAUUUGUCAGGUUGCACUGGAACUUUCCUACGAUGACGAAGCACAGAAACUUCAGCGCGAUUAUGGUGCGCUGUUUCAAUUGAUUCGCUAUUCACUGGAUACUGUUUGGGUGCCAGAAAUGAUCGUACCCGGAUUGCCGCCGAGCAGUGGAGCUGAAACGGCCAUGGUUGGGGAUAUGUCUGCACCGAUCCUAACACCAUCGGAUCUUGUGCGUGCUCAGGAUGCCCAACGUUAUGCUUUGAUAAAACCUCAUCAGCGCUACAAACCAGAAGUACAGUCCAUUGCCUGGCAAUGGGAUAUCUUAAAAUAG